AUGAAAUGUUAUUAUGAAGUUCUCUCAAUUGACAAAGAAGCAAAUAACGAAGAAAUUAAAAAAGCUUAUCGUAAGAUGGCACUCAAGUGGCAUCCAGGUUUAUUUUAUCUUAUUUUGAAAAUAGUUUUAUACUAUAUAUAUACAGAUAAAAACCCUAAAAAUGAAGAAGAAUCUACCCAAAUAUUUAAAUAUAUACAACAGGCUUAUGAUACCUUAAGCGACCCCCACGAAAGAGCAUUUUAUGAUAAACAUAGGGACUCUAUUUUAUCAGGGUUUGAUAAGGGAACUGAUAAAAAUAGUUUAAAUGUAUAUCAUUAUUAUAACUCAAGCUGCUUUAAAGGAUUUAAUGAUGGGCCACAGGGUUUUUAUACUGUUUAUCGAAAAGUAUUUACAGAAAUUGGAGCUGAGGAUUUGCCAUAUCAUAAAGAUGAAAGCAUUGAUUCCGAUUUUAUAAUACCAACAUUUGGUUAUUCUGAUAGCUCUUAUGAAAAUGCUGUAGGACCUUUUUAUAGCUUCUGGGAAGCUUAUUCCACCCUCAAAACAUUUUCCUGGCUAACUGAUAUUGGAGCAAUCAAAAAUGCUCCUAAUCGGAGGGUAGCUCGCAUGAUUGAGAAAGAAAACGAGAAAAUAUGCAAAAAUGCAAGGAAGCAAAGGAAUGAAGAAGUCAGGGAAUUAAUCCAAUUUGUCAAAAAACGAGAUCCUCGUGUCAAAGCUAGAAAAGAUUUCGUAGAAAAGGCCAAUCUCGAAAAAACAGAGGCUCUCAACCAAAAACGUAUCCUCCAAAAGAAAGAAAGAUAUCAAUCUAGAUUCCUCAACAAUGUGGAUCCGUUACAAGACCCUUCGUUAGAGAAAGACAUCCAGAUGCUGGAGGAAAAAUUGGACGAAAUAUUUGGGAAAGAAGAAAUGAAUGGCUCGUUUAGUUCUGAUAACGGAUCUCAAAGCGAGGAAGAAAGCGAAUCAGUUUCGACUGAUUUAAGACAAAAUGCCAACUCUAAAAGACCUCUAUACUGCCUAAUUUGUAACAAGCUUUUUAAAUCCACUUCAGCAUUUGUGAAUCACGAAAACUCUAAGAAACAUAAGGACUCAUUGGUCAAAAUAAAGAGAGAGUUAUCGCCUACUAGUCAACAAUUGUAUUUUAAUAAUGGUGGAAAUGUAUGCGAAUUGCAAAAUGGAGGACAAAUUACGAAUAUUGCAAUUGUGUCAAAUAAUAUUGAGAUUGACAUAGACGAAAGAAUAAACAUAAAUAUAGAAAACAGUACAAUCAAUAUCGAUUGUUUACUGGCUGGUGGAAACAAUCAAAAUGAAAAAGAGGACCGUCUACACGAUUCUCCGCUUGAAACGUCAUCAGCAAGUAUCGAUCCUAACGCUAAUAAGACAACGGAUAAACAACAUUCACGCGUAGCAAACGCUCAACAGAGCCGAACAAAUGAUUCCGACAUAGAUUCAUUAAAAGAUGAAACAAAAAAUAUAACUUCCAAACAGCACAAGAAAAAUAGCAAGCUUAAAGUUAGUAGCUACGUGUGUAGGAUAUGUUCCGAAAUAUUCGAUUCUCGCAAUAAAUUAUUCGAUCACAUUAAGGCUACCGGACAUGCUAUAGCUAAAUUCAAUCUCGAAAUGUCUUCCCAAUCGCUUAACAAAGACACUAAAUCCUCCAAAAAAAGUCAAAAGAAAAAAUAAUAUACUUUUUUAAAAAAUUAAAUAUAAUUUAUAUAUUUUUUUAUAUUAGCAAAUUAUUCCUUAUUAUUAUUAAAUCACAGAUUGAUUAUUGACAUGUAUAAACCUAUACAUAUAUUUGUUAUAUAUUAAUUAUUUGUUAAA